AUGAAUGCUGCUGUCAUUGUAAAAGUAGUGGUUCCACUGGAGCUGCGACAGCUGACAGCCUGCCAGGACGAGGACGAGAGGGCUGUGGUUCCGGCCGCCAAAGGGGCUGCCAAAGCAGCAGCAGCACCGUCCACGAGGUUUGGCCGGAAGAAGGCCGUGUCGGAGUACGUGUGUGGCUUCUGCGGUUGCAGAUACGGCGAGGCCGGCUUGAGCAGGGUUUGGCGGCUUUUUCUGGGCCUGAGUCUGGAGAUGUUCUGUGGUGUGGACGAAUGGGGCUCUACUCCGACGGCCUGCUUUGCGUGCGAGGACAGAGCUUUGGUGCUGAGGCCAGGUGAGACGGUGGUCGUGUUGCUCCACCUGUUCACUCAUCCAAAUGAAGACGGAGGUGUCUUCAAAGGCGAGUUCGACGAAGCGACUGAGGGUGACAGCAGCUUCCAGCCGAAGAGCACGGUGGCAACAAAGGAAGUGUACGGAUACCAGAUCUUUCAAGACUAUGCCGUGUUGACAGACAAUGAACUGGGGCCACUGUUGGGGUCCCUGCCAACCAAGCCCGGGUCCUUGCCUGGCAAAAAAAAGAAGAAGGAUGUGGUAGUGCCGUGGCUCGGACCGGACUCGAGCUGCCACUACAACUUGGUCGAUCUUAGCGAACUCAGCUACGAGUCCACUAUAGGUUUGAGAAAGGCCCGGCUGUUCUUCGAAAGCAGCUCCGAGCGCAGCAAGAUCUUUCUCAGGCCGGAGACACAGCUUGUGGAGAGCCAAGGUGACCAUGUGUUCAAGCAUGUUGCGGAGAGCUGCAUCGCUGCUCGACCUGCUGGUCUUACACCUUCGGCAGCCCGGCCCAAAACCGUGAAAGAGCUGAAGAACGACAUCGCGCAGAUGGAGCUUGACUUGGUGGGAUCCGGCAAGACCGAGGAGCAGGACAAGGACGAUGAUGAGCCGAUGGAGCCUGAGGCUGACCCGGGCAGCCUCAGGACAGGCAAGAAGCGGCAGGCGGGCAUCGGCUUUGUAGCUCCUGUUCCCAAGAAGGCCUCCAAGAACAAAGGUGGAGGCAAAGGCGCCAAAUCCGCGAACCCUUCGACCGAUCCAGUUGUUGCUGCCUUUUCACCGAGUGCCCCGUCACAGCCAGCUCCGGCUGGGCUGUCUGCGGCGGCUGCCUGUAAGUUGGAGACCCAAUCGCAGUCCACAGCAGGCAACGGCAAAGCCAAGAAUAGUUUGGCGAAGUUCGAGGGCGACGAGGACAUGAAGGCGGUGGCCGCCUACCAGUUGAGCAGCAACUCCCACGCACCCUUGAAGUCGCUUGAGGGCUUGGUGGCCGUGGACUUCGUGCUUGGAGAAAAGGAGCAGAAGACCAUGAACAACAUCCUGAACGGUGUCCCUUGCCUUACUCAGGACUUAGUCGUGGUCGUGGUGCCAUUGUGUGACUGCUACUAG